CUCGAGAGUUAAAUUGCAGUGUAAUGGAGAACUCGCCUGCAAAUCAACUUCCUGAAGUGGAUUCAUUGCCAGACGGUUUUGUCGAGAGUUCAGCGGAACCAAUGGCUCCUCGAACUCCAACAUCAGAACAGGAGAAGAAUGACGCAGAUUACAAGGACACAUUGUCGGAACUUGAUCUUUCCAAUGAAUCCAGACAUGAGUUGGCUUCGGCUUCCCCUGACUCCUCUGCGGUGAAUGAUAUUCGAUUGGCCGAGAGCAAGGCCGAGACGACAGAGAAGACUAGGACGUUCCCUGUACCAUUGUCUGAGAAGGAUAGCCUCGACGCUUGUGGGGAUUCACUGGAUGCAGCCGGGAAGGUUUGUGUCGGAGACAGUGAAGUUGGAUCAAACAUGCAUGAAAUGGCCAACUCUGCUGCGGAGUCUUCAGAGAUGGUGUCCUCAUACAACGAGCUUACCACGGAUCCAUCACAUAUUGAAGGGGCCUGCCAAAUUUCCGAUAGACUAACUGAAGGUUGCUCAGAGUUGCAAGCUACCAAUCUUAAGGAAAGAUCUGCACCAGAAAACACUGAAUCUCAGAGGAACCGAAAGCUAACUCAGGAAACUGCUGAAGGAAAACGCAAAAGCGGGAAGCGUAGCUUGAAGUCUGAGAAGGAGUUCCUGGAGUUUACUUUGAAGUAUCAACAAGUUAUUGCAGAACGAGAUGCAGCCAUUGCUGUGCGGGAUAAGCUGGAAUCACUAUGCAGGGAGUUGCAACGACAAAAUAAAAUGCUAAUGGAUGAGUGCAAAAGAGUCUCAACGGAAGGGCAAAGCAUCAGGCAAGAUCUUUCUACAAAGUUCCAUGAUGCAAUUAAGGAUGUAAGCAAUAAGCUUGAAGAGCAGAAGGAUGAAUGCCUCUCUCAACUCAAGGAGAAUGAGAUGCUAAGAAACAAGUUGAAGCUUCUUGCGGAUCAAUAUGCCAUCACUGAACAACAAUUUACUCAUAAGUUGAAGCAGAAAACCCUGGAACUUCAGAUUGCUGAUCUUAAAAUUCACCAACAUGAGGAGAAGUUGACCCAGGAACAAUCUCAGAUGAAAUUGUAUGCUGAACAGGUGUCACAACUACUCGCAACUGAAAAGAAUCUGCGGUUACAGUUAGCAGCUGAUGGGGAAAAGUUUCAGCAAUUCCAGGACGCGUUGUCAAAGAGCAAUGAAGUCUUUGAAACAUUUAAGCAGGAGAUUGAGAAGAUGGCAAAAUCAAUAAAGGAGCUUAAGAAGGAAAAUGUUUUCUUGAAGAGCAAAUGUGAGAAGUCUGAUUUUACGCUAAUAGAACUCGUUGAGGAGCGUGAGCAUCAGAAGAAACAGUUGGAGAAAAUGAAGAAUCAGAAGGAGAAGCUUGAAUCUUUGUGUCGGUCACUACAGGCCGAAAGAAAGCAGGUGUCACUUGGAAGUAACAAUACUAACGAUGUUCCUGUUGAAGUCAAAAUGGUUUCCCCCACAGCAGAAUCCUGAAACAAUUUAUUGUAAUUUACAUUGCUGAAUUGUCUAGGGAAUUUCAGCAU